ACUAAGUGACAGAAGUAGAGAGCGAAGGUUUAUGAUGAUUUCAGCACCAUUUCUAUUUGCGACCAUACUGAUCUAUUGGCUCAUACCGGAAUUGUGGAACUUACAUACUAAAUGCUUAAUCAGCUAUCUGCUCUCCUUGGCUGUUGGAUCCUCUAUGAUUGUAGUUGUCAACAUGCAAGAUUGCGAUUUUGAGGAUCUUAAUUGUUCUAUCAUAGGCUUCGUCGCAUAUUUCUUUUUAACCGCUGCCUUCUUCUGGCUUAAUGUGAUCUGUUUCAAUCUUUGGAGAAAUUUACGUCACCUCAAUGGUGCCGGCCAACAGUUGUCGUUACAUCGUAAACGAUUCCUCUACUAUUCUCUCUACGCCUGGGGUUUGCCAACCAUUAUGACCAUUGUGACCGCAUCUCUACAAAACUCAAAACUACCGCACGCACUCAAGUCGGGCAUUGGAGACACACAUUGCUGGUUGAAGGUUGAUGACUGGUCUGCUUUGCUUUAUUUUUAUGGACCCUGCUUACUGCUUAUCAUAUUUAAUAUUUCCAUAUUUGUACUGACCGCCAAGAAGAUUUAUAGCAUUCGCAAGGAGCUGCAGCAUUUCUCACGCGGCGAGGACAGCCGUCGUCAUUUGCACUCGCACCAAAAUAAUGUCUGGCUCUUCUUUCGCAUGUUCAUUGUCAUGGGUGUCGGUUGGCUGCUGGAGAUCAUCAGCUAUAUGUUUGGUAAUUACAAUAAAUUGGCAUUUUUCUUUGCCGCCACAGACGUUUACAAUGCCUCGCAGGGUAUAAUCAUUUUCAUUUUGUUGGUUAUGAAGAAAAAGGUGUUGUUGCUGAUAAAGAAGAGACUGUGCAAAGCGGACAAGAAACAGCAGUUUUCUAGUAGACGAUAUGCCAAGUCCAGUACAUCGGCAGUGGAAUUAUCCAAUGCUGAAUUUCGCUGGAAACCUCGGAACUAAGGAUCUUCAGGAUAAAUACAUUCGUAAUAUAUACAUACAUAUUUAUAGCAAUUGAGCAUUGACAUAAUUACGUUAUUAUCAUCAGCCAACUCGUAGUUUCAACAUUAGGUCUAGUAAAAAAUAGUCCAUUAUUUUUGUAUACCAUAAUUAUUAUUAUUCCGAUUUAUGUCAAAUAUGAAACGUUUUGAACGAUAAUCUUUUGCCAUUUGGAAGGUAUUGCCAUUAUGCCGCUCUCAUAGAAACUCUUGUCCCUAUUGGUAAACAAAUUGAUGCAAUCGAUUUCUAUAUGCUUCAAUUGGGACCAAAUUUUCAUCAGUCUAAUCAAUCGCGAUCGAAAGAAGUAGAUGUUCAUCACCUGGACUAUGUGGUUGAUGCAUAAGAAUUCCCCAGGUAUAGUCUUGAGCCUUCUGGCAAGUCACUAUCAAAGUAUAUGGUCCGGCGUUGUCCUGAUGAAAUAUAAUUUCACUUCCGUUUUUUCAAAGCUAGGCACUGCUGAUAGUGCAGUUCCAAAUUUAACCGUAAGGAAGCAAUUUAUACUGAAGGAUUCCUUGCAAAUCCCAUCGGAAGCACAACAAAAUCCUGCGGACCAUCAAUCAUGAUUGCGAGAUUCAGAUGACUAAAGCCAUCUAUUGCAAAAAUAGUAGAUUACUUUUUAUUAGACAAAUAUAAUUGCUGUACUUUUCAACACAAACUUAAAAUCAUAUUUAAGCGGUUUUGUCGCUUAGUAUUCUAUAAACCAAAUAGUAUUUUAAGAAAAAACAUCGAAUUUAAAGACUGUACCCAAUAUGUGCCAUAUUAGUAUGUAGCCAAAUAAUGAUUCAAAAUAUACA